AUGGAUCAUCUAAAGAGGACAUUUGCACAAUGCAAGAAAGAAGGAAGAUCCGCAUUGGUAACAUACAUCACUGCUGGCUUCCCUCAAGCACAUGAUACUGUUGAUAUUCUAUUGGGGAUGGAGGCUGGUGGUGCCGAUGUUAUUGAAUUAGGUAUUCCGUUCACAGAUCCUACUGCGGAUGGACCUACGAUUCAAAAAGCAAAUACUCAAGCUUUGAAGAAUGGAAUAACAGUUACUUCGGUUUUACAAAUGGUACGGGAUGCAAGAAAGAAGGGAUUAAGAGCUCCGGUUCUUUUCAUGGGUUACUACAACCCUUUCCUGAGUUACGGAGAGGAAAGAUUAUUAAAGGACUGCCGAGAAGCUGGUGUCAAUGGAUUCAUCGUCUGUGAUCUUCCACCAGAAGAGGCAGUGAGCUUCAGAAAGUUUUGCACAAGCGGAGGAUUAUCCUACGUUCCUCUCAUCGCUCCUUCGACUUCCGAAUCCCGAAUGAAGCUUCUGUGCAAGCUUGCAGACUCUUUCAUAUAUGUUGUUUCAAGAAUGGGUGUUACUGGAGCCACGGGAGGUUCGAUGGACGCUGGUUUGGAAGGUUUAUUGAAAAGAGUCAAAGAAUACUCAGGAAACGUUCCAGCCGCUGUAGGAUUCGGUGUUAGCACAAGAGACCAUUUCUUACAGGUCGCAAAAAUCGCCGAUGGAGUUGUUAUCGGAAGUCAAAUCAUCAACACCGUCAAUCAAGCACCUGCCGGAAACAUCGCAAAAAGUGUCGAAGAAUACUGUGCGGAAGUUUGUGGGAGAAGGGGUGCUCCAAGUGAGGGUGAGAGUCUGACUAGAGAGGUUGGAAUGGCCGAGACAAUGGGUGUUGCCCAAGAGCCCAGCGGAGAGAAUGUUACUGUCGAUGCCGUUGUUAGAGACGAAGACAGAUCAGGACCCGGUUUAGCUGAUCAGAUCGAGGCCUUAAAUACCAAUGGCCCCAUAGAUCCAAAAAUUGCAUCUCAAAAAUUUGGAGAAUUUGGUGGACAAUACGUACCAGAGGCGCUUAUGGAUUGUUUAUCAGAGCUUGAAGCAGGUUUCAAUGCAAUCAAGGACGAUCCAGCAUUCUGGGAAGAAUACCGAACAUAUUAUCCGUGGAUGGGACGACCAGGUCAAUUACAUGAGGCUGAAAGACUCACUGAAUACGCUGGUGGUGCAAAGAUCUGGUUGAAGAGAGAAGAUCUGAACCAUACCGGAAGUCACAAGAUCAACAAUGCUUUAGGACAAAUCCUUCUUGCUCGACGAUUAGGAAAGACUGAGAUUAUCGCAGAGACUGGUGCAGGACAGCACGGUGUGGCCACAGCGACUGUGUGCGCAAAGUUUGGUAUGAAAUGUACCAUUUACAUGGGAGCUGAAGACGUAAGAAGACAAGCUCUCAAUGUUUUCCGAAUUAAGCUUCUUGGUGCAUCUGUUGUCGCCGUCGAAGCUGGUUCGCGUACACUUCGAGAUGCUGUUAAUGAAGCUAUGCGCUCUUGGGUCGUCAAGCUUGACACUACUCAUUACAUCAUUGGCUCAGCAAUUGGUCCUCACCCAUUCCCAACUAUCGUCAGAACAUUUCAAUCCGUUAUCGGCAACGAAACUCGAGCUCAAAUGCUAGAGAAGCGUGGUAAACUCCCUGAUGCUGUCGUUGCAUGCGUUGGAGGUGGUAGUAAUGCGGUUGGCAUGUUCUACCCAUUCUCAAAAGACCCAAGUGUCAAACUAGUUGGUGUUGAGGCCGGUGGUGAUGGUUUAGAUACAGAUCGCCACUCCGCUACUCUGACUGGCGGUACGAAGGGUGUUCUACAUGGUGUCCGUACAUAUGUCCUCCAGGACAAACAUGGACAAAUCUCAGAGACUCAUUCCGUAUCUGCUGGUUUAGAUUACCCUGGUGUUGGACCAGAAUUAAGUAAUUGGAAAGAUACUGAGCGUGCGAGGUUUAUUGCGGCCACCGAUGCCGAGGCAUUCAAAGGAUUCAGACUGAUCAGUGAGAAAGAGGGUAUCAUACCUGCUUUGGAAACUGCGCAUGCAGUAUGGGGAGGAGUAGAAUUGGCAAAAACCAUGAGCAAAGAUCAAGAUAUCGUUAUUUGUUUAAGUGGUAGGGGUGAUAAGGAUGUACAGAGUGUCGCAGAGGAAUUACCCAAGUUGGGUCCAACAAUCGGAUGGGAUUUGAGAUUUUAG